AGCUGUCCCUCGCUGCACCGCACCCCUCACACACCACCAUGCCGCAGCUUCCGCCGCGCCCCGCCGCGCGCAAGGCGGGUGCGCCCGGCGGCACGCUUUUCAGCUCGACGGCCAACCUCGCCAACACGCUCAUCGGCUCCGGCGCGCUCGCGACGCCCGGCGCGUUCCGGCAUACGGGCCUGAUCCCGGGCGCGGCGCUGAUCUGCUGGUGUGCGGCGACGAGUGCGGCAGGCCUGCUGCUGCUCGUGGCGUGUGCGCGCACGGUGGGCGGGCGCCAGCAGAGCUUCGGCAGCCUGGCGCAGCGGGCGAUCCCGCGGGCCGCGCGCCUGUUCAACUUGGCCAUUGCGCUCAAGUGCUACGGCGUGUCGAUCAGCUACCUCAUCAUCAACGGCCAGCUCAUGCCGCAGGUCGUGCUCUCCUUUGCCAAGCUCGCGGGGACCUCGGCCGAGGAGCUGCCGCACUGGACGCUCGACCGGAACGUGUGGAUCCUGGUGUUCAUGAUUCUGCUCGUGCCGUUCUGCUUCCUGCGGCGCCUCGACUCGCUGCGGCACACGUCGUACCUCUCCCUCAUCGCGGUGCUCUACCUCGUGCUCAUCGUCGUGCUCUACUCGCUGCCCUCGCACAAGGCCACGCUGCCGCCACCGGGCGACGUCUACUGGUUCAACAUCGACGGGCACCACUUCGUCGGCAUCUUCCCGGUAUUCGUCUUCGCGUUUACGUGCGCGCAAAACUGCCUGCCCGUGUACAACGAGCUCGCGGCGCGGCACGACCGGCACUUUGAGCGCAUGAAGACGGCCAUCUACGGCGCCAUCGGUGCAGCGGCCUGCGUGUAUCUGCUCGUCGGCGUGCUGGGCUACGCGUCGUUCGGCUCGGCAGUCGGCAGCAACAUCAUCGCCAUGUAUCCCAACGACGGCGUCGUGUGCUUUGCGCGCAUCGCCAUCGUCAUUCUCGUCGCCUUUUCGUAUCCGCUGCAGGUGCACCCGUGCCGCGCAGCCAUCGACAAGGUCUUUACGCGCACGCCGCGGCCCGAGGAGCUGCCGGCGACGGCGGCGCAGCAGGAGGAGACGCAAGCCGAGUCGCACGAGCGCCUGCUGCCCGAUGGCGACGAGCCCGAAGCAGAAGACGAGCCCGAGGAGAUGGCCAUUGGCCGCUGGUGCCUGAUCACCGGCGUCAUCCUUGCGAGCACCUUCACCAUCUCGCUGCUCAUAGACGACCUCGGUCUCGUGCUCGGCUUCGUCGGCUCCGUCGGCUCAACGACAAUCUCCUUCAUCCUACCCGGCAUUCUCUACUCGGUGCUGCACCGCGACGAGCGCGGCAACCGCUUCCUGCGGCCCGCACAGCUGCUUGCCCUGUACGGCAUCAUCGUCCUCGCCCUCUGCCUCAGCGCCAACAUCGUCAAGCUCGUGCAGGCCGGCACGCCCGACGCGCGCGCCGACCGCAUCGCCGCGCUCGUCGAGGGCGGCCGGUGAUCCGAUAGACGCACCAUCGCCUGCGCCAUACCUUCUCUCCGCUUGCUCGCUGGAUCGGUUCUCUCUCGUGCUCAUCGCAAUGUACAACACCUGGCAUCUUUCUCGGCGCGCGCCUGGGUUAUCGCCUGUGAUGCCUGCGCCUG